AUGGCCACAACUGCCACCGAAGCACUUCCCGUAGGAUUCGCGAUACCCAAAGUUGCCCAAGAUCUCGUUGCUGGCACCGUUGGUGGUUGGGCACAAGUCGUGGUUGGGCAUCCCUUCGAUACCUUGAAGGUGCGUCUGCAAACCCAACCUUCACCACCUAUUUAUCGCAACGCUAUGGACUGUUUCCGCCAACUGGUGGCAAAGGAAGGACCCAAAGGUCUCUACCGUGGUGUCGCUUCUCCGCUAGCUGGUAUCGGUUUUUGCAAUGCGGUUGUUUUCAUGUCCAACGGAGAGUUCCGUCGUAUAUUGCAACAAGGAGAUGCCAGCAAGGUGCUAUCAUUGGGUGAGAUCGCUAUUGCAGGCUCUCUAGCCGGUACAGUGAUGGCCUUCUGCAACUGUCCCAUUGAGUUGUUGAAGGUGAAGCUGCAAACGCAGGAUCCGGCUGGUGUCAUUGGUGCUUCUGGAAAGCUUGAACCUCCUUAUAAAGGAGUUUUGGACUGUGGUAUGCGAACUGUUCGAGCCAACGGACCUCAGGGCGUGUAUCGUGGUUUGGGCAUCACUUUGUUGAGAGAUUCUCCCAGUUACGCUUUUUAUUUCGUCACAUAUGAAGGAUUGAAGCGAGUGUUCCAGUCCAUGAAGUCUGAUCCAAAUGCUGAACUUUCGACGUUGGAUCUGUUAAUGGCCGGUGGUUUGGCCGGUUUCGGUGCAUGGAUUCCCGCUUAUCCUCAGGAUGUCAUCAAAAGCCGUAUACAAAACGACGUCAGAAUCAAAUCGGUGUCAGCCGCUGUGCGAUCGUUGUUACGAGAAGGUGGUCCCAGGGCAUUCUUCAAUGGCGUCGGCCCUACCAUGGCCAGAGCUUUCCCCGCCAAUGCAGCCACUUUCUUUGCAUAUGAAAUGACCAUGAAGGCUAUGAGCUAA